AAAAUUUGAAUUUCAUGUAUUUGAUUGCAUGUCUCACUUGUUGUGUGUGUAUAUUAUUACAUGAUAUUGUGCUACAACUACCUGUAUAUUGAUUUAUUUGUCAAAUAAGUGGGGAUUCAUAUGAUUAUAAUGAAAUCAAAAGAUGAAUUACCGAAAGCUAUUGUAGAUAUGGGUUAUAGUUUACAGAAAGAGAUCGGAAAAGGCAUGUAUUCAACAAUUUUUAAAGUAAAAAAUAAUGAUAAUAAACGACAAGAUUUGGAGGACAAACAGUUAGUUUGUAAAUGGAUUGAUGUCGAGUCAGCCCCCAAAAUGUGGAAACAAAAGUGUAUGAAAUUAGAGUUAAAAGUAUUGAAGAGAGUAUUGCAUCCAUUCAUUGUUAGGACCUAUGAUUUAAUCAAAACACGAAACAGUGUCUUCAUAUUUAUGGACUACUGUCCCAAUGGUAGUGUCUAUCAGGAACUUCAUAAACAGGCAAAACCUUUUGCCGAGUCUUUGGCCAAAAGAUGGUUCUCAAACAUUUUGGGAGCUCUUGCCUAUUGUCACUCGAAAGGCAUAGCGCACAGGGAUAUCAAAUUAGAUAACUUUCUUCUCAACGAAGACAUGGAUGCAUUGCUCACUGACUUUAGUUUUGCAACGUUAGCGAAGACCAAUAAAGGAGAGCUAAUGAAAGAGACAAUGUGUGGACAUCCGGCAUAUAUGGCACCCGAAGUGUUUGCCGACACCCGAUUCGGUCCGUACGACGCAAAGGCGGCCGAUAUGUACUCAAUGGGUGUCUGUUUGUUUGAAAUGCUUAACUUUGACAAACCGUUUGCCGUCUCGACCGACGCCUACAAUAACCAGAGAGCACACGUCCAGAGACAACGCAAUCGCGAGUAUCGCUUCCAUAGUAAAGUAGGAAAAAGAUUAUCGCCGCCUGUCAUACAACUGGUCGACCAAUUACUCGAUCCAAAUCCAAACACUCGCAUCAGAUCAGAUGAAACACUUAUUCACUCUGGUAUUGUUGUCUACCAAUAA